CAUUACCCCCAAAAUGCUGGUGAACUUUGUGACAGAGAAGAACACCAUCUCCUACCCCGAAUGCAUGACUCAGCUCUACUUCUUCAUUUUUUUUUAUUAUAUCAGAAUGUCAUAUGUUGGCUGUGAUGGCAUACGAUUGCUAUGUUGCUGUCUGUAAUCCAUUGCUUUACAAUGUCACCAUGUCUUGUCAGGUCUGCUCCUGGUUGGUAGUUGAAGUAUAUAUGAUGGGCGUGAUUGGUGUCACAGUUCACACAGGUUAUAUGCUAAGAGUGGUUUUCUGCAAGGCGAAAAUAAUCAACCAUUACUUUUGUGAUCUUUUUCCACUAAUGGAGCUUUCCUGCUCCAGCACUUACAUCAAUGAAGUGGUGCUUUUGUGUCUCAGUGCAUUUAAUAUUCUUGCACCAACCUUGGUCAUCCUUGGCUGCUAUGUCUCCAUCAUUGCCAGCAUCCUGCAAAUCCGCUCCACUGAAGGCAGGUCCACAGCCUUCAGCACAUGCAGCUCCCACAUCUCAGCUGUCACAAUCUUCUGUGGUUCUGCAGCCUUCACGUACCUUCAGCCAUCAAGUGUCAGCUCCAUGGACCAAGGCAAAUUGUCUUCUGUGCUUUACACCAUUAUCAUGCCAAUGCUGAACUCCCUGAUCUACAGCCUGAGGAAUAAGGAUGUCAAAAGUGCUCUAAAAAAAUCAUUGAGAAAAGACUAUUUUGCAUUAACAAAGAUUUAUAAUUCUUGGAGAAGAUCCAGUAAAGAAGGAGUCCAGAGAUAGCAACAUAUAUACACAAGUAGUGAGAUUAUUUCCAACACUCUAAUAUUUGGAAAAACAUCCCAAGGACAAGACUGGAUUCAUAGUGCCACGUGGAGGACAGUCACAU